GUAAGCAUGUCAAUUGUUUUGCAUUGUUCCAGGGUGACAUUAUAAAGAUCGUGGCUCUUCUAAUGGAUAUGGAUGUAAGAGCCUUCUAGAGUGCUUUUAAAUUUAUGUAAAUGUUUUCCUUGAAAUCUGUUUAUCCUCAAAAUUUGGCUAGAAAAAAAUAUGUUAUUCUCUCUGGUACACAGGUAAGCCUCAGUGGAAUCUGUACCUUAAUUCUCACCAGUCUGAUUUCUGGGGCAUCUGAAUUGAUCAUGUGUGUUGUAUUUAAUGUUACAGUUACCACUCUCCUUUGAUCACCUAGUGAAGCCAGGCUUAGCAUCUUGUAAUUCAUCACGUAAUUUCCCAUUUCUCUCUCCUGAUGCUGUCGUGCUGGCUUUUUGCAAAGCAAAGGCAGAUGUCAGUGACAGGAAAGGGUCUUAGUGGUUUGAGUCAGGAUUUGCCACACCGGGGCGAGGGGCUGCAGCUUCCUACUAAGGAAGGCGGGGAUGACUGGUUGGAGGUUGUGGGGGCAGAUUUCAGCCUGAGGGAACAAUCUGGCCUGCUGUCUCCUUGCAGUUCUCCCCAGCCUCCACCCCCCUAUAGACCACGUUGGGGCCCUGGAACUGGAGCAUCCUGAGCAGCUGUGGAAUGUGGCAGUAGCUACAGAUUGGCCUCUGAGUGGGAAGGAAAAAGGCAGGGGAGGGUGGUGACGUAGGAUUUGAAAGUAUUAUGGAAACCUGUAAGGGUAGGAUCGCGAAGUGAGGAAGCGCUGCUCUAGAAUCACAGGAGUGCUCACAAACUCUCCGCAAGCUCUUUAAAGUGGUACCAGCUGCUCAUUUCUGCCUUUGGAGUCUCACCUGGAGGGUCACAGAAGUUGUCAUUUCGUCGCCUGAAGUCAGAAGUUACCUUUCCUAAGUGAACUUCAGAGCAAGAGUCAGCAGGCCUUUUUUGUGCAGGGCAAGACAGUAAAUGCUUUAGGUUCUGCAGAUCAUAUAGUCCAUCACAAGCAUUCACCUCUGCCCUUGCAGUGUAGAGAGCAGCCUUACACAGUAAGCAAACAGCUGAGCAGAUGCAUGUAUCAGUAGAAGUUUAUUUGCAAAGAGCAGGUGGCAGGAUGGAUUGGGCCUGUGGGCUUUAGUUUGUCCCGGCCCGGCUUCAGACUGAGCUCCGAACAUCUUUUUCCCUUCUUGGGAGCGGUGCUGCCAGCUCGAUGGUCUCCACCAUGCAUACGUCGUUGUCACCCGCUAGCUCACGACACCUGUAGUUACAUGGACUGUGGCUUCUUUCCAGCGGACGCCUGUGGUCUACUGCGUGAGGUUAGCCAGGGCCCUCGUGGAUGACUACUGCUGUCUGGUGCCAGGAUCCGUGCAGACGCUGAAGCAGAUACUCAGUGCCAGCCCUCGAUUCUGCUGCCAGCUCAUCACCUCCGUCACCGCGCUAUAUGACCUAUCCUCAGAUGACCUCAUCCCACCGUUGGACUUGCUUGAAAUGAUUGUCAGCUGGAUUUUUGAGGACCCGAGGUUGAUUCUCAUCACUUUUUUAAAUACUCCGAUUGCAACCAAUCUCCCAAUAGGAUUUUUAGAGCUCACCCCGCUCACUGGAUUGAUCUGCUGGUGUGUGAAGGCCCCUCUGGCUUAUAAAAGGAAGAAGAAGCCCUCCCUGUCUAAUGGCCACGUCACUACCAAAGUUACAAAGGACUCGGGAGGGAUGGACAGAGACUCCCACCUCCUAUACUCGAAACUCCACCUCAGCGUCCUGCAGGUCCUCAUGAUGCUCCAGGUGCACUUAACCGAGAAGAAUCUCUACGGGCGCCUGGGCCUCAUCCUGUUUGACCACAUGGUCCCGCUGGUAGAGGAGAUCAACAGGUUGGCGGAUGAACUGAACCCCCUCAACGCCUCCCAGGAGAUCGAGCUCUCUCUGGACCGGCUGGCGCAGGCCCUGCAGGUGGCCAUGGCCUCUGGGGCACUGCUGUGCACGAGAGAUGACCUGAGAACCUUGUGCUCCAGGCUGCCCCAUAAUAACCUGCUCCAGCUGGUGAUCUCGGGCCCCGUGCAACAGGCACCCCACGCGGCGCUGCCCCCCGGCUUCUACCCUCACAUCCACACGCCCCCGCUGGGCUACGGGGCCGUGCCGGCCCACCCCGCCCUGCCCACGCACCCGGGGCACACGUUCAUGUCGGGCAUGAGCUUCCCGUUCAGGCCCAUCCGCUAGGCCGGCCCCGGUGCCGCCGAGGGGCAGUGUGCCCUCCGCCCGGGCCAGAGGAAGCCUUCCAGAGAAGGGGGGAGCCGCCCCAUCGAAGAGGACCUUUCGGGGGCAGCCGGCGGCCCCUCGUCCCCGGCGGGACUGUCUUGGUGCGGGAGCUGCGCAGCGUCGCAGCCCGGGGGCCCUCCCCGCCGGGUCACGAUCACAGAAGUCCAGAUGGGAGGCAUGGAAGGAAGGAUGGAAGGCGCCCGCCCAGCCACGUGGGCGUCCUGCCGAGUCGCCGAUUCCACCGGCCGGUGUCUGUGGGUCGUUUCAGACGCGCCAGGAGCCCGUGCUGCCCUGAGCAGAACUGCGAUGAGCAGCAUUUGCAAGUCCCUUUGGCGUCUGUGCGCGGGAAUGUGACGGCCCUGCCACCCGGUGUCCCUGGGAGCUCCGUGAGCUCGAAGCUGGGGCCCGGCGUGGGCCGGGCAGGGAGCAGGGCAGGGGGCCACUCGAGGACUGCCCGUCCGGCCCAAGAGCUCCUCUGUUUUAUUGGGGUCUAAAUUUUCCUUUCAUAUGUUCAAAUAAAUUUUUUUCUAAACAGCUUUA